CAAGGACAAGUUCCUCUUCAAUGGAGCAACAUAUCAUCACACUUUAGGAUAAAUGGAGGAGCGGGAUCGCAGUCGCUCACCAUCUCGCAGGACCAGCAGAGUGGAGCAAGUGGUGGGACGUUGGCUUCGCCGCUCCAGAGAGUCCACCAGCCGAGAGCGUGUGCUAGAGGAUGGGCAUCUUGGUGACCCUGGCUCUCAGGAGCAGAGGAGCUGUCCAAUUAGAGUCACGGUUAAGAUCCCACUUGACCCCACCCUCAAUUCCCAUGGCUUUACUGUCUCAGAACACAGUCCACCCCAGGUGCAGGAUGUGACAGAAGGAGGCCCUGCUGAUGGAAAGCUUGUCUCUGGUGACCAGAUUUUCAAAAUAAACAAUGUUGCUGUUGAUGAUCUAUCCACAGAACAGGCUGCUGACAUCAUUAGGGAAUGUCAGGGCACCAUAAUAUUGACUGUCCUGAGAAAUACUGUGGGACCAAAGUCAUCCUUCAUAACUCCAGAGAAGAGAGCAAAGCUGAAGUCAAACCCAGUUAAAGUGAGGUUUGCAGAGGAGGUGGUGGUCAAUGGACACUCACAGGGUAACUCAUUGCUGUUCCUGCCCAAUGUUCUGAAGGUCUAUUUGGAGAAUGGCCAAACAAAGGCUUUUAAAUUUGAAUCUAAAACCACUGUUAAGGACAUAGUUAUGACUCUGAAGGAGAAACUCUCUAUCACCCAUAUCGAACACUUCUCCUUGGUACUUGAACAACAAUACAGCAUCAGCAAACUGUAUCUACUGCACGAGGAGGAGAUUAUUCAACAGGUGGUUGAGAAGAAGGAGACUCACGACUACAGAUGUCUGUUCCGUGUCUGUUUUCUGCCCAGAGAUUUUGAGAACAUGCUAAAAGAAGACCCUGUGGCCUUUGAGUAUCUAUACCUACAGAGUGUGAAUGAUGUAUUGCAGGAAAGGUUUGCAGUGGAGAUGAAAUGUAAUACAGCUCUCAGACUGGCUGCUCUACAUGCACAGGAAAGACUAGCUAGCAGUGGGCAAUCCCUUAAAACACCACUAAAGUCCAUCAUGAAGGAGUGGGGUAUUGAAAGUUUUGUGUCUCACACUUUACUGCGAAACAUGAGAGAGAAGGACUUAAAGAAAGCCAUCAGUUACCACAUGAAAAAACUUCUAUCUCAGGAGCCCAAGCUAAAGGUUAUCUCAGUGAAUCAAGCUAGACUGAACUACUUGAAUGAGAUGUCUGAACUCAAGUCAUAUGGAGGAAAGGCUUUUAGUGCCACUAUGAUGUUGCAGGACAGAGAGUCAAUGGUGAGUUUGUUAGUGGGGGCUCAGUAUGGGGUGAGUCAGGUGAUCAACCACAAGUUAAGCAUCAUGACCACACUAACUGAAUUCAGCUGCAUUACCAGAGUGGAACUAUUACCUGAAUCUGAGAGAAUUAGUCUGGUCAAGAUCUACCUACAGGACAUAAAGCCAAUAACCAUGUUGCUGGAAUCAGUGGCAGCUAAAGAUUUACUCUGUCUGGUGGCUGGAUACUGCAAACUACUCGUGGACCCCCAGAUCUGUGUGUUCCCCUGGACAGAUCAUUCAAAGAGCCACCGCAUAUCAGCAGAGGAGGGUUAUGUGUCACACUGUGGCAGUGACUCUGAAGACUCAGACGCAGAUGUGGAUGCUCUCCUUGCUCAUGUUGCUAGCACUACCAAAAGCAAAGAAAUAGCAGUUAAGCCCAGUGAUAAGAUACCAGGAGUAACUGAUAAAGCACAAAGUCAUGUAGAAAAAGGUAAGGUGGAGAGGGAAGAAGCAGUUGAAAAGGGAGAUAGGGACAAGGACAAAGAAAACAUCCAUGAAUCUGUAGAUGUUAAAAAUGCAGAGAAAGAAGAAACAGAUGAUGAGAGAGUGGGGGCAGAAAAGGAUGACGAAGAACAAGAAAAAAAGCCGGAAGAAUCACAGUAUGUUAUUACUGUGGAUGACCCUUCAUCUGAAGCAUCCAAUUCAUGCCAGACUGAGUCAUGUUUCAUGACAAGCAUGUCCAGUGACUCUAUGGAUGCCUUAGAGGAGGACGACAUCAUGACCUACUGCUCUGCCAGACGGCCAUGCCACUUACCUGUGAAAGACUCUUCUUGCUGUGAGGACCGUUGUUCACCAUCAUUAUCUCCUAGGCAACUGCAUAGCGAAGAUAGCCCUUCCCAAAAUGACUUGUGCUCUGCUGAUUCCCAUGGUGAGUCUGAGGUUGACCAAUUAAUUUGUUUUGCUGCACUCUCAAACAUUGCGGAAUGUCUGCCAAGCCCUCCUGAAGCCAGUGAUGAGGAGGAUUGUGGGAAACUGGGAAUAGAAAAAGAAAGGCACAAAAAGGGGUCACCUACAAAUUGUCCAGGAAGUGCCCUAGCCCCUCCUAGAGACUAUGUGUUCACAUUUGAGCAAGGAGACACAAGACACUAUUAUAAUAUCUGCUCCAACGUUACGCCUGACAGUGCCCACAGUCUCCCACGACCUCUCUCUCCACCAGGUUCUAGGGAAAAACAGAUGGAUCAAAAAGGGAAGGGAGUGAACGAGAUAGAAACUGUGCCAAUUUUUCAGCCCCCACCAGGGUUUGGAGACAGCAGCUCAGAUGAUGAGUUCUUUGAUGCUCAGGAAAGAUUCACAUCCCUGGAAGAUCCCUGCUCAACUACCGUAAUAAGAGAAAAUUCUACAGAGUCUAGCACCAAGAUACGCACACUAAGCCUGAGUGAGGUUGACAUCUGUAUCAGUGAACCAGGGACCGAGGAUCUGGAGAAGAAAGAACAGGAGGAAGUGCUGGAAAAAAUGGGUACACAAGAAUUGUCAAGGUUCCAUAAAAGAUCGAAAAAGCGUCGCUCAUUCAUGGAAACAAAUUACACAUCCCUGGUAUCAUUCCCAGAACAAGAUCAAAUAGGUAACAGCUAUUGUACUAGCGUCCCAAGCUAUGGUUCAAUAUCAAUCAACCACUGCACUGCUCGAAUGGCAUGUUGUGAUGGUGGGUGCUCAGAUCAAGAUCCAUGUCCAACAGUCUCAUCUCUAACCCAUUCUGAAGGAGAACCAUCACAACUGGAAUCCAAACCCAUCAAUCAAUUCAAAGCCAAUGGAUCGGGAUCCCAUAAUCCCACUGAUACCCAAGUGAGAUUACACUCAAACAAGACAUAUCAGCGUAAACAUCAACUUAUAGAGAUGGAACCAGAUUCCAUGGAGUUUAAAUCAGUCACUGAGCGAAUGUCUACUGUAUCACCAACUAUAGUAGCAAUGCGCUCCCACAUGGAGGUUCAGGAUAAAGGAAACACAAGCAAUCAUGGCAGAGAUAAUCAUGAAGAGGGUGCAAUGGGAGGUUUAGUUGAGAGACUGUUUGGAAGUCACUUGUUCUUUGACACAUCUAGAGGAAAGUGUGAUAGCAGUGCAUUGUCUGGUCAAAGAGAUGACCAGGGAACAAAUCAAAUGGAAUGUUCUUUCCAGAACAAAUCAAUGACUCAAAAGAGCAUCUCACUGCCAAAACUAGGCCAGAUAACCCCAUCGAGUUUACCUUGCUUCCAAGUCCCGAGUAUAUCAUACACCACAAGAUCUGAUACAGACAGGGAUGGUGAUACUAUAAGACUAGAAUUUGGUAUGGAAAAACAUGCAGUGGAACCAACAGAGAGGACCAGGAGUAAGAGCACAUCUGCAACAUCUGACAGUGGUGCACGACCAAUGCACUUAUUUCCCCAGAGAGAAGCUGUAGUCUGCCCAAGAGAACCAGAAUCUGAUGAAACCGACAGUUCUUGUGACCCAUCUAUCAAAGAACUGUCUUCCGGCAUUCCAUCUUUUGAACCAGCCCAAAGCCUCCAACUUACACCUUGUUCAUGCGGCAUCCUUGGACGACUCUCUUCCUCAACACUACGGGGAAAGAUCCAGAACCUUCCUCUCUACCUAUCGCGUUCUCAGGAAAUGCUUUCUGAUAAUUCUAAUGACAAAGGUAAUGUUAAGCUUGCAAGAAGGCUUUCAGAAACUGAGCUAAAAAAAAAUAAAGUUGAGGUGACAAAAGAGGCUACUGAGGAUGCAACCUUAAAUGAAGGGGUUUCUGAAGUAAAAGAGGUAAAAGUGGUUACUAUUGUAUCUGAGGAGUUCACUGAGGUCACUGAGGAGGUAAGAAAGGUCAGCCAAUUUAGUCCUCAAGCACGUGGACAGCAGAAUAACAAAACUGAACCUAAAGAGUUUUCUGUCAUAGCCUCACCUUUGUGUCUCAGGGCAGUCAACUCUCUCCAGGUCAACCCUUUACCUGUAGUGGUUACUACACAAAACUUAAACGGUCCCUGGGGGGUAGCAAGAUCUAGAGAAAUUAUUGGAUCACAAGAAUGUAGCCACCCUCCUUCAAAUGUCUCCACAGCUCCCCAUCACCUUAUCUCUGGCUGUGGGGUUUUCACAAACUGCCAGUCCAUACCUACCAUUUCCCAGCCACAAUCCUUGCUCAGCCCAUAUCAACUUGAGAGACCAGACUUUAGCUGCAGCUCAGCAUUGGCUGUGGGGUGUGAGACAGUAAUGGAGGGUGUUCAGACACCAUUAGAGGUCUGCCAAAAAGUCUAUACCAACUGUUUCAGUGGAGUCCUGGACAGUGCCAGCUUUGAUGAUGAACUCACUGUCUAUGAGUUUUCCCGCCAAACGAAUCAGGGUGAAACAGAGGAUGCACUGCAGAUGUCUAUACCUCCUUCCUCCCUGUCUGCAUCCCCUGCAUCUUUCUCACCAUCCUCUCCAUUGCUCUCAUUCCCUCAUAUAGUUCUUCCACCUUCAUCAUCUACAGAGCUCAGUCCUCUUCUGUUCCCCUUGGAUACCCCUGAUUGUUUUCUGUCUGACCCUCAUGAAGAUGUCAUCACUGCCCUGCUGACUCGUCAAUAUUCCCUACCACCAAAAGGAUUUAUUUCUUUGCAAAGGGAUGUGGACUCCCUCUUGAGUGUCCUGGCUGGUGCUAUGAAGAACCAAGAUGGGGUCCAGGAGCACCCCAGGGAUACCUGUGUCGCUCACUUUUCGGAGAACAAAAGGCGAUUACAUGUGGAGGCUCGGGGACUUUUGGCUAGAUGUCAGCUUGUGGUAAGGGUUGGACAGACACCUGAAGAGACUCUUCAAUCAUUGUCUGAAAGCUUUCGCUCACUGGUGCAGCUGACAAGCGUGUGUUUGUGCUUUUCCAGCUGCCAGCGGUGUAGGGAGCGUCAUGCCCAAUCACUUACAGGACUAGCAGAUGUUGCAAAAACUUACCAGGACUUCGCACGGGCGGCAGAAUUAUUGGGAAGUACUACUGAAAGGAAGACUUGUCAUGAUCUAAGAAUUAAACUCCUUGCUCGCCAAUGCACUGCACUUACAGCCUCGGUCUUCUGCCUCACCCAGCUCUUUCGCACUCUCACUGCCCUUUGACCUUUUAAACUGUUACUUUUGGAGUAGCCCCUGAGACUAAAACGGCAAGAAAUCUGACAGAAUAGCUCCCUGACUAAUCUUAACACAAAUGAGGUUCAAAUAAUUCUGUUUAUAUAUUUACUGUAUACUGUAUGUAUAACAUUAAUGUUAGAGCAGUUGACAACAUCAUCGAAAGGCACUGGAUAAUGGACCAGUACAUAAACAUGCACUAAUACUGCAGAUUCACUCAUUCAAAUCCCUACUGAACUAUGAAACCAACCAUUGAAUUAUCUUUGAAUGCAUAAAAUCCAAGCCUAAACUGACAUCUAAACAAUGAACAACAUUCCAAUACUGUGUACUAAACAGCUUGUUUUACAGUGUUUGUAUGAUUGGUUUUUAGAAUUGAAUAUAACUAUAAUUGUCUUUGUAUUAUGGUUGUCAGUCAUGGUUGUCUGCCUCAAGAGGGAAGCAUAAACAGGGAUUUUGAGUAGUGUUUCAUCAAACACUCUCAGCUUUUCUCUCAGAUCUACUCUGACUUGCUUGCUUUCUCUCACCACUGUAAUGCACAGUGUGUUCUCUUCUCUCUGCCAUACCUGAUGAUUAUUAGAGAAUAUUGUGAUAGGUUCUGCUGCAGUUUUCAACAAUGUACAGUAUCUAGGUUAUAAAUGAUUUCUAAAUCCCCAAAAAUAAUUUACUUGAAUGGCCAGUAUUUUUUUUUUCCAACAAAAUACCAAAGCUUAUGGAUGAAUGAUGUUGGAGAAUGCAGAGUAAAUGCAGAUUCAUUCAAAAGGCUUUUUGCAUAUGCUUCACUGUUAUAACUUUUAGACUGUAGACUUAUUUAGCUAAUUAAAUUAAUUUUGGAGAACAAACAGGAUCAUUUUUGGUACCACUUAUUAAUGUAUUUUUCACUGAUGAGUUAUUCCUUUUGGGUCAUCAAUUUAUAUUCCUCACCCUAUAAUGAUCAAAUCUUCACAAAACACUGCCUACAUAAUUAUGCUAUGAGUAAAUUAUUGUAAAUGUAGUAAACAUUUAAAACAUGGCAGGAGUGUGAAAUUACAAAUUAAGAGUGUGAGAAAAUGUCAAAAGGAUAAAAUGUAUUAAUUUCAAGGUAAUCUAUCCAACAGUACAGUAUGUAUCUGAAAACCAAAAAGCUACUAUGCACUCUAUUCCUAUAAGGCAUGUUCUAAGCCAUGGAUAAGUUGUUUGCCUUGGAAAUAGUGGAAUGCAUGCAGAAAUGAAUUCAUGAUUGAGAGAAUGAUCAGUGAGUGAGUGUAUCAUUAUUGUGAUGAAAACUGGCUUUGUAAUGCAAUAUUCACCCCAUUAAAAUAACCUAAAUG